AUGCAGGACAAUGCUGAGGAAAUUGCCAGAUGGAGGUUGAAAGACUUCCGAAACUUUCAGCCACCUACAUUUGAAGGUGGAGAUAAUCCUGAGACUGCUGCCAGAUGUGCGAGGGCUUUGCUUCGAGCUCAAAAUGUUGAUCUGACUUGGGCGAUGUUCAGACGGGUCUUUCUCGACAAGUAUUUUCCUAAGGCGAUGAGAAGAAUGAAACACACAGAGCUGCUGUCACUAAGGCAGGAUAACAUGACUGUCAAUGAAUACAUUUCUAAGUUCGGGCAGCUGAUGGAAUAUGCAAAUUUUGAUCGGAACAUCUAUGACGAAGAGUGGCAAGUGGAAAAAUAUGAAAGUGGAUUGCACCCGGAGAUCCGGAAGCUCAUGCUGACUACAGCUAAUCGUACUCUACCAGAAUUAAUUAAUCAGAGUCGACAAGCGGAAGAAAUUAUCAAUGAAGCAAAGAAUUUGUCUAAGCAGCCAAUGCAAUCCCAGGGAGGAAGUAAAGUGGGCCGGUUCUUCAGAAAGAUUACAGGAAUGAAUAGAGGCAAGGGUCCGUAG